CAGCCGACGGGACGCGGCGGCGGCGGCGGCGGCGGCGGCGCUGCUUUCCUUUUGUGUUCGUACUCGGCGACGGCCUCUCGGUCUGCCCGGCGCGUGCUUGGGCUCGUUAGCGGUGCACUGUCCGUGAGGGGCCAUGGCGGCGGCAGGGGCGAGCGCGGGUGUGGAGGCGGGCUUCUCCAGCGAGGAGCUGCUGUCGCUCCGCUUCCCGCUGCACCGCGCCUGCCGCGACGGGGACCUGGCCGCGCUCUGCUCGCUGCUGCAGCAGACGCCCUGCGCCCACCUGGCCGCCGAGGACUCCUUCUACGGCUGGACGCCCGUGCACUGGGCCGCGCACUUCGGCAAGCUGGAGUGCCUGGUCCAGCUGGUGAGAGCUGGAGCCACCCUCAACGUGUGUACCACGCGCUUUGCCCAGACCCCGGCCCACAGCGCAGCCUUCGGGGGACACCCGCAGUGCCUGGUGUGGCUGAUCCAAGCCGGAGCCAACGUUAACAAACCGGACUGUGAAGGUGAGACUCCCAUUCACAAGGCGGCCCGCUCCGGCAGCCUGGACUGCCUCAGCGCCCUGGCAGCCAACGGGGCGCGCAUCGACCUGAGAAACGCCAGCGGUCUGACGGCAGCCGACAUUGCCCACACCCAGGGCUUCCAGGAGUGCACCCAGUUCCUUCUGAGCCUCCAGAACCAGUCCCUGAGCGGCUUCUGCCCUGGCAGCCCCUUCCACGGGGGACCCCAUGACCUGUUCCCCAACCACGUCGGGGCAGGAGCGCAUCGAAAGAGAUGCUUAGAAGAUGCGGAGCCCGCAGGAGCCAAGAAGGCCAGGACGGAAGCCCCCAGCCUGGACUGCGCCAUGCCGCUGGCGAACGGCGAAGCCGACGAGGACUCUGCCGGGAUGCACGUGGACUCCGAGGGUGCCGCCCUGACAGAUGGGGAAACCAGUAGCUCCGUGUCGAGUGUGUUGGCUGAUGGCGGUGUCAUCAACGGACACUUGGACUUCACCUGCGCAGCCCAGCUCGGUGGCCUGGAAAGGAGUGACGCGUGCCUGACCCCAGGCCGGCCACCGCCCGGCAGGCAGGGCGCCCUGUGCACCGGUGCGACUGAGGAGCCCGAGAAGACGGUGGGCGCUGGCGGCCCUGAGCUCUGCGGGUCCCUGCACCUCAAUGGCAGCCCCAGCAGCUGCGUGGCCAGUCGGCCGUCGUGGGCCGAGGAGCUCGGGGAGAGCCUGCAGUACGGACACUACCACGGCUUUGGGGACACAGCCGAGAGCCUGCCGGAGCUCAGCAGCCUGCUGGAGCACUCGAGCUCUGUGAAGGUGGAGCAGCGCUAUGACAGUGCCGUCCUGGGCACCAUGCACCUCUACCACGGCUCCUAGGGGCUCAGCUGCUCCCGCGUCCUCUGCCCUCACAGAAGUAAAUGCAGAUUCCACAGGGCUCCGGCCUGCGCUGCGCAGUGGCAGCCGUUUUCACUGGUUCCUUUUGGACUGGUCGUCUCUCCCUUGCUCAAGUUGGCGGGUCCUGGCAGAGGCCCCGGGGGGCAGAGCAGCAGGUCCCCUAUGCAAGUGCAACUCGCCGUCAAUUCGCUGCCGCCCCUGCGCUCGACGGGAGGGAGGCAGGGCUGUGGCCACGCGCCCGCUGGGCCGGGAUGGAAGGGAUCCCUGGUGGCAGCCUUCUGACUCCACCUCCGCCUAGGGCUCCAGGCUCCGGCGCCUUGCUGGGAACUGCCAGGUCACUCCGUGUGACUGUUCCACAUACACACCACUGUCUGUCCAACCACCAGGGAGAGUUUGGGCUCUUGACAAACUUGCAUUGAGUUUUAUGGUUUUAUAGAAAUUCACUGUUUAGUGACACACUGUGCGAAUAUUGUGCUGCAUUCUUACUUUUCUGGUUUUUGUAAUAAAAAUCAGCACAGAGCAAUCUCAUGUAAACAAACCACUGUCCUUUACAAAUAAAAACCCACCGGGCUGCUCCUCA